AUGCCGGAGAGCGAAUCUUCUUCGGUAGUUCCCGCGCAACUCUCGUUUCUUGCCAUCUACAACCCCUCGCUUGGAACCACGGACGAAACAAUUAGGAAGCAGAUUGUCUUCUACACUUCGAGGUCCAGUCUCCUGCGACGGCAUGAUAGCUCCACGGCAGGCGAAAGCAAGGAGCUCGGCGAUGAUUGGAAUGAGCGGUUACGCCAGGUCGGCCUGGCGCAGGGUAUGGUGACCUUCGCAAGGAAUUUCUCGGAGGACAAAGCCGUCGACUACGUGGAGACGGAAAAGUCGCAAAUCGUAUUACAUGAAUUAGAAAAUGGAUGGUGGAUUUUAGCUUCUGUUGAUCUGACCCGACUGCCGGACUCUAACAAUGGAUCAUCUUCGCAACAAGACGCCUCUGAGCGUUUCUUCCACUACUCGUCAAAAGAAAUGGCCCCCCCACAGCUUCUAAUCCAGCAGCUUCGUCGAGCGCAUUCAACAUUUCUCCUUCACCAUGCGUCAAAUCUGGAUACCCUCUACAAGGAUGUUGGCAGGUCCACAUUCUGCCUUUUUCUCGAAAAAUUCUGGUUGAGGUUUGCACGUAAUUGGGAUGUUCUUCUGGGUGGAAAUCCUGCUGUCGAUAUGUAUAACGGCAUAAAACUAUCUGCCGGAGGCGAGCUAGGUUUUGGGGUUGGUGAAGAAGAGUGGGGAAGCGGAGAAAGAGAGGUACUUGAAGACUUUGUAUCGAGGACAGACGGUCUUGUAGAUCUAGUCGUGUCACGGUUCGGUGAUCCAUACGAGUCUACCGAAAGUUGUCAAACAGGAAGCAGGGCAGAGGAUGAGGCCGAGCACCAAUGGCUUGGCACUGAUGAUACUCCACGACCUUCAGACGGUGUCAUCUUCUCGGGUGUCGGGACAAUUACCAGACGCUCUCUUGUAUCCAUAUCUCAUUGGAUGGAGUGGAUAUACAGGUACGGCGCUGAUGCUUAUGGAGUCAGCGAAGAUCCUACGUCCCCGCGACGCCGAAGACGCAGGAAACGACAACGGGCUGUGUCUUCCGGGAAAACUACGAGCAAUCCACCCCCUUCUCAACCUCCUUCUGAUGUCGUACGAGGGGCUGUUUUGGAUUGUCCUUUUUGUCCAGGUAUUCCUCCGCCGCUUGUUGGGGGAUCACCGCCGCCUCGGCCGUCGUCGAAAGACCCCCAGGCAAGUACAAGGUCACAGGGGAGUGAUGAGAGCUCUCAAAAUUCUGAGGAUAAGGCCAGUGAUUGGAUGACAACGGGGACAGAGACGUUUGUGAAAUACCUCACUCUCGGUUAUGGAUCGUCAUGGGCUCUCCCAGGACUGUCGAGUGGGACAGCUAGCCCACUGCAAGUCGAUGAAUCCCGGAAAGGCCACGGAGUCCUUGCAAACAGCACGAUUGCUCGAAAAAGUUCCAAGGGCUCCUCAGGUUGCAACGGUCACCGGAGAGUUAACAACCAUGGCAAAUUCAUCAUAGGUUUACAAGACGAUGUUGCCAGCUCAGAUGCUGCCAUAGAAGAGAUAGAUCGGCCUAAUCCCACUGCUACGCCGACGCAAAAGGUGACCAAGAGGGCAAUACAUGUUCAUAUGGCAGAUUCGCAGCAGGAAACAGACUCAGUGCAACUCCAGGCGGUGGUAUACAUAUACCAACCAUUUAUCUACACCUUUCUCUUCAACACCACGACACCAUCACUGUCCGACCCGUCCCUGUACCACAGCAUACACCACCAACUUGGUCCGCUUCAGAAACCGCUUAGCAUCUCCACCUCCCCAUCAACAGCGGAAUCCCGUAUAACCGUCUUUCCAGAGUUUAAUGCCAAACCUCAGCAACAAGCCAACCCGAUCUAUGACCUUGUCUACGACCCAUAUAACCUCUCCAUUCGGUCAUCCAUACCCAACAUUCCUUAUCUCACCUUCCAAAGCCAAAACAUAACCGGGACCACCGCUCUCUCCCGAGUAGAAACGAUAAGCAUCCAUCACCGUCUGCUUACCACAUACGUGGAGACCCGGUCCCGGCCCCUCGAGCUCGAACGGACAUGCAAAACCAGCCGCGGGUGGUGGAUCGUUUGGGUCCGUGUUUCCGCUUCCCCAGAUACGCAGCAAAGCUCGCCCGGAUACGAUUCGGACAAGGGCAAACAACAGGAAGCCUUCAUAGUCCGCCGCGCAAGCGACCACUCCACCUCGUCAGGCCACACUCGGAAUGCUAGCAGUAUUGGUGGUGGGAGCGGCGCGCGGUUUUUCAGGGAUCUCGGCGGGGCAUCAUCUCCUGGUUUAUCGCAGUCUUCGCGGUUGGAUAUAGUACCGAGCAAGCUUGUUGAGGGGCUGGGCCUUGAUGCGCGACGAUAUAUCGAGAAUUUGCUCAGCUUGAACAGAUAA